GGCGGUGGGGGCGGCUGUGCCGGAGGCAGCACCGCGGCCCUGCCAUGGACUGCGAGGCCAAGAAGGGCAAGAAGGGCUUCGUGUCGCCCAUCAAGCGGCUGGUGUUCCCCAAGGCUGCCCGCAGGCCCGUGCCCCGCAGCAGCGUGUACCGCCGCCCGCUGCACUCCGUGCCCCUCUACCCCCCCGACUACCUGAUCGACCCCCAGAUCCUGCUACAUGAUUAUGUGGAGAAGGAGGUGAAGUUUUUAGGUCACCUGACAUGGGUAACAGCGUCUCUGAACCCCUCCAGCCGGGAUGAGGUGUUGCAGCUGCUGGACACGGCCAGGCAGCUGCAGGAGCUGCCGCUGCAGACGACGCCGGCGCAGGACAGCAUCCUCAGCCUCUCGGCCCGCUGCCUCCUGCUCACCUGGCGCGACAACGAGGAGCUGAUCCUGCGCAUCCCCACCCACGAGAUCGCCGCCGCCUCCUACCUGCGCGACGACGCCCUGCACCUCCUCAUCCUCAAAACCGGUCUGGGAGUGGACCCAGUCCCCGCUGGAGCACACCCCGAGGCAGCCCCGGCCGGCGUGCCCGAGGCCUUCCCCACGGAGAAGCGUGCGGGGGGCUCGUGGCCGGCGGGGGGCCGGCUGGGGGGCCCGAUGGAGCGGCGACACACCAUCUGCAGCCUGGACUGGCGGGCGGCGCGGGGCGGGCAGGAGGGCCGGCAGGGCGGCAGCCUGGAGAGGCGGCGGGGCGGUAGCUGGGAGCGGCGGCAGCGCGGGCGGCCCUCGGGCAGCUGGGAGCGGCGGCAGCCCGGUGGCGGCAGCUGGGAGCGGCGGCAGCCCGGUGGCGGCAGCUGGGAGCGGCGGAGAGCCGGCACCGCCGGCGGCAGCUGGGAGCGCGGGGCCGGCUUUGGCAGCUGGGAGCGGCGGCACGCUGGCAGCAACCCCCUGGAUCCCCAGGAGCCCUGUCCCGAUGCCUACUCCAACCUAGUCAUCCUCGCCGUGCCCAACAGGGAUGCCGGCGAGGAGUCCUGCGCCCUCAUCUGCCAGGUCUUCCAGAUCAUCUACGGGGACCAGAGCAUCGAGUGCGUGGACCGUGCCGGGUACCACUACACCUCCACGCCCACGCGGCCUUGGCUCUCCAGCAGGAGUGAGAGCUGCCGCACCGACGGGACGUACGGGUACGACGCCGACUUCAGCUGCUGCAGCUCCUUCAAUGGUUCCCACGAGACCUUUGAGGCAUAUUACAGCGGCGGCUCCUCGCCCUCCUUCCACCGCUCGCACCACAGCCUGGCCACCGCCUGCAGCAGCAGCGACCAGAGCAGCGCAGGGCUGGAGCAGCUCCAGGACUACAUGGUGACGCUGCGCAACAAGCUGUCACCACAGGAGAUCCAGCAGUUCGCCGUCCUGCUCCGCGAGUACCGCCUGGGCGCGCCGGUGCGGGAGUACUGCGGGGAGCUCCUGCGCCUCUACGGGGACCGCAGGAAAUUCCUCCUCCUGGGAAUGAGGCCCUUCAUCCCCGACCAAGACAUCGGAUACUUCGAGACGUUCCUGGAGAGCAUCGGGAUCCGGGAGGGCGGGAUCCUCACCGACAGCUUCGGCCGCAUCAAGCGCAGCAUGAGCAACACGUCGGCCUCGGCCGUGCGCAGCUACGACAGCUGCUCCCUGCGCUCCGAGGCCGAGUCCUUCAACCGCAUCAUCACCGACAUCACCCAUGACAUCGAGGCGCUGGCGCGGGAUGAGGAAGAGGAGGACCAGGAAGAGGACAACUACCUGUGAGGGUGUGCUGGCACCCCACCAUCCCCUCCCUGUUGCCAGCUGUGGUGCUGCACCCCCCAAGCCCAGACCUGCCAGGUGCCCAGCUCUGCCCUGGGGAUGUUGUCCCUCUCUUUGUCACCGCUGGAGGACACAGGGGCUCUGUGCUGUCCUGGCAGCCCUCAGCAGUGCUGAUGAAAUCGCAGGGCAGCCACGGGGGAGCCCCCCGGUCUGCAAUGCCAUGUGCUGUAAUUUCUGCAGAUCACAAUU